CAUGCCGUAGUCGGAGAAAGUGUCAUGGCGACUUUCAUCAGACCCAAAACUUUUAGCGACACAAACUUUUGAACCUGAAGUGUUUGUCCCGGUGCGGACAGCCGGUGUCUGCGCCCUCCAUCCUGUAUUCAGUAAAGCAGAUCCAACGAUGGCAGAGCUACAGAGCUACGGUCUUCAGGGUGUGAGUGUUGACGUUCACCGGUGUAAAGAUGCACCGCUGUGAGCUAACUGUAGCUAAGCUAGCCACGCAACAGCUCAACCUGUUGCGGAAGUCAGUCGCGGGGUUUGUAAUGUCUUACCGGGCUGUAAAGCGACUGUAGCCCGUCAAAGUGACGGUUUAUUUGGGACUUAAAUAUAAGAAUGUGUCGGUUUCUACGCUACUGUUUCAGCCACUGCCUCCACGCAACCAUGACCCGACUGGAGGAGGUGAACGGGGAGGUGAGCAUGUGGUCCUCGGUGCGGUGGCUCGGGUACCUGUCCGGGCUCAACCUGCUGCUCGCCCUGUGCCUGGGGCUCUACGCCCGCUGGGAGAGGACCACGGACUCCACGCUGCUCGUCAUCUUCGUGCUGGCUCUGCUCGUCCUGGGGGGGGCUUGCAUACUCUACUACCACUUCAGCAUGGAGCGGGUGAGCCGCAGCAUCCUGCACCUGUUGUUCGGCUUCCUGCUGGGGCUGCUCUGCCUCCUCAACAGUCCGGCGGUGCAGGGCGACGUGAAGGAGCGGGUGUCCAACUACCUGCUGCUGGCCAGCGUGGCUCUGAGGACGCUGUGGGCGCUGCUGGAGAGGCUGCUGGGGUGCACCCGGUACCGACCCGCCUUCCUCACUUCGGCGGAGCGGAUGGAGCUGGUGGGCUUCGCCGUCGCCAGCAUCGCGCUGCUCCUCCAGGAGUCCCUGAGCGUGAUGGUGCUGGUGGUGGCGCUGGCCACCGUCAUGAUCGCCCUCCGGAUGAAGGCGGUCCUGGCUCUCCUCAACCUGUCGUGCUUCGCCGCCGUCACCGCGGCGCUGUACUUCAACUCGCUGCAAGUCCCCACCAACCCGUUCGCCCUCGCCUGCUUCUUCAGCCAGCUCAUCUGCGACCCCCUGCUGGAUGUCUACUUCAGCGGCCUCUCCGUGACCGAGCGCUGGCAGCCCUUCCUGCUGUGGAGGGGCCUGUGGUGGCGGCUGUCCCUGCUGCCUCUGCUGGCACUGGAGGUGACCUUCAUCAUCCUGGCCUCUCACAAGCUCACGGACCGGGACCAGUGGUACUUCAUGAUCCCAGGAUUUGUGGUGUGUGUGAUCCUCUGGUGCGUCUUCCACCUGGUGUUUGUCAUCACUGUGUGGGGCUUCCACACCAAGCUCAGUGAUUGCCAGAGGGUAUGCCUGUACCAGGGGUCAGGGGUCAGCGGACUGGACAAGAUCAUGGCCUCCAAGGGCAUGAGACACUUCUGCCUCAUCUCUGAGCGCCUGGCGCUCUUCACGCUGGUCACAACUGUUGCUGUUGCUGCUCUUUGUUGGCAGGCCUCCAGCAGCCUCUUCAUGAGCAUGGCUCUGCUGGUCCUGCCUCUCGAGUCUCUGUUCCACGGGCUUUUCCACGAGCUGGGGAACAGCCUGGGAGGAACCUGUGUGGGCUACGCACUGGUCAUUCCCACCAACUACUGCAGCCCCGACGGUCAGCCCAUGCUGCUGCCUCCGGACCAGGUGCAGGAUCUGAACAGACGUUCCACAGGCAUGUUGAACAACGUGCAGCGCUUCUUCGCCCACCACCUGAUCGAGACCUUUGGCUGCGACUAUUCCACCAGCGGCGUGACUCUAGAGGUCCUGCAAGCCAAGAUCAAAUCCUUCUUUGAGCUCCGCACGGCAGACGGGCCUCGCCACGACACUUACGUCAUCUUCUACAGCGGUCAUACCCACAGAAGUGGAGAGUGGGCGCUGUCAGGAGGAGACACUCUUCGCUUGGGGCACAUCUUGGACUGGUGGCGGGAGAAGAACGGCAGCUUCUGCUCGCGCCUCAUUCUGGUGCUGGACUGCGACAACUCGUCGCCGUGGGUGAAUGAGGUCAAGAAGGUGGAGGGCCCGCACAUGGCCGUGCAGGGAGCGACGCUCGCCAGGGGGAUGGCUGUGGAGCUGCGGGACACACCGCAGCUCGGAGACUUUACCUCUCAGUGGGUGGAGUAUAACUGCAACUCGAGCAGCAACAUCCAGUGGUCUGAGAGGGCCCGGGGGGUCUCUGCCACAUAUGGAAUCUCCAAACACUGGAGUGACUACACGCUGCACCUGCCAACCGGAAGCGACGUCACCAACCACUGGAGCAUGUACUAUCCCCGGAUGACGUACCCCGUGGUGCAGUUGGUGUUGUGGUGCGGCAGCAUGAAUGUGUUGUGGAUCUGCAGCGUCUGCCUGCGAUGCCUCAAGAGAGUCAAACUCAACUGGUUCCCACCAGCGAUACUGGACACAGGUCAAGGCUUCAAACUGGUCAGAUCUUAGAAACACAAACAGGGAAGUUUUAUUUGUAGACUUCACACGGAACAUUUUUCUAAAACACGUAAAUAAGACCAUAUCCCUAACCAGUAUUGUUUUUUGUUACUGCUAAACUAAUCACUUGGUUACUGAUUGAUUCCUCUUUUUGUCUCUUUAGUAUCAGUUUUCUACUCUUUGACGAUUAUUAUAUAGAUGUGUAUUUUUAGCUUUGACUCAGAGAUCCCAGUUCAUUUUGAGACUGAGCCCAUUUACAAAUUUGCACAUUUUUGCUUUGUAUUUACUGUUAGAUACAUUCGGACGGUGCCUUUUACCACAGAACUACCAAAGGACAUCGCGCUCUUAAACCAAAGAGGCUGUGGUACAUGUUCAGACGACGAUCUCAGGCAUAAAUUAUAGUCCAAGCGAUCUGUUUCUAGAGCUUGAAGUUUUAUAUUUUAUUUUUUGGUAGCUAAAUGAUUCUUCUUACACUCCUGUUUGUUCUAUGCACUGCUUUUCUAAUGCUUGAUAUCCACUGUAGCUGCUUCAGGGAGUCCAGAGAGUUCAUUUCCUGUACUGAUUAAUCCAGUACUACAGGAAAUGUGUGAGAAUGACAGUAGUUAUGUCUACGUUAACCCCAGAGUGUUUUCUUUCAGGAGUUCACUGCAGUGCACUGGGCUGUGCAAGAUGGUUCUCAUCACUUGUACGUGUAUGUCGAUGGAUUAGCUGAAGGACAAUAAGUUGAAGAAUGGAUGAAACUAUGCAAUUAGAGACGAGUGGGACACUGCUCAAUAUAUUAUUUUAAUAGGCUUCUAUAAUAUAUUCUGCCUUAAACUAAGUGAAGCAGGUUAAUUCAUGUGUCACAUACAUGGAGAAAAACUAUCUUCCAUUCACAAAAUUGAAAUGCUCUGCACUAGGGAGACACUUUAUGGGGCUACUAUUUCUUUAAAAACUUCUUCCUUAAAAGUCUCCUGAAAAUAUGUAAUUUUUGAUUGUUGUAUUGAGACUGUAAAUGUACCAAGUUUGGCUGAGCUCUAAAAUGUUUGCUGAUUUCCUGGAAUGAAGUGCUCCUUUUAAACCCCUCGUCAUUCCUUUGAAGAACAAAGAAACUCAACAUCGUCUCUCUUUCGCCUGCUCACACACUACUGAAGGGAACCUCAUUGGGAGAAGAGUUGAAAUAAAGCUGCCAACAUGCAGACAGGUCGUCGGCGAACGCACUUCAUUGUUAUAGAAGCAAGCAGCUACAAAAUAAAGUAACGCAAUUUGGUCAGGACAAAAUGUUAUAUUUUUCGUGUAUGUGUAUGGUGGACGAGACGUGUCACACAAGCGCCGUAAUGGAAAACACAACUGCAAAAGCUCAGUUCAUGGUCAACACCCAUUGUUGCUCACUUCGCUUUUUUUUUGUGCUGAGGCUUCUGUAUUUAACUUUUGCAGUUGUGGCGUUAAUGCAAAACACAACUAAGUACUUAAGACCCAGCUACUCAACUUCAAUAUGUAGUGAAAGGUUGAAUAGUUUCAUCACCAACUCCUCUCCUCGAUGUGUGACAGGAAAUUGACACACAAGACAUCUUCAUGUAUGACAACCAGGUAUUCUGCAGGUUUCAUCAAUUUCAAUUGAAGACUUUUUUAUAUAAAUGAUUCUAAUAUAAGAUUUAUGUCCAGUAUGACAGAUAUGAAGGAAUAUCAAUCCCAGAUAUGCUUACACUUCCCCAUAUCUUAAGAUAAACUGAGGUAGCAGAGUAGAGAUUAACUCUCUAAACACGUUACCUCACAAGUUACAGCAGAGACAGUAGGUAUCGGUCUUUCCUACAGUGAAGCUGAUUGUAUGAGAGUUGUUUUCCAUGUUUGUAGUUUUAUUACAGUGACGUCUGUACUGUUGAGAAAGAACUGCAACAAAAUAAACUGCAUGUUACCAAAACUAA